AUGGAAGAGUGUACUCCCUUGGCUAAGACUCAAGGAUGGAGAGGACCUGAGCUUCAGGCCAGGCUGUGUGGGUUCAAGGCUGUCCCUCCAGAGCUCAGGGCUCCUCAGCAGAAGCGAGACCCUGUACCCGGUGCGUGCGCAGGUGCCGCGGAGAGUGCAGAGCGCUGGAUGCUGUCCCUCCCCUCCCUGGAACCUGGCAAGGAGCUGGGUAGCCAUUUUCAUAUCUGCACGCUGAUUAGAAGACCAAAAGGAACAGUUGGGGACCAGAGGUACUUGUUUCAGCAGCUAGCCACAGACUUCCCAAACCAUAAGGUCCUUCUGGGUCAUUUCACAGAUAGAAUCAUUGAAGCUCAGAACAGAGGGAACAGCUUGCCCAAGUCCCACCAGGACUCAGCAGCAGGGGUCCGAGUCACCAAGGUGGACUGGCAGCAUUCAGAAAAUGGUGCUGCCCACCACACCCAAGAUUACCCUUGCCCAGAGCUGGUGGUUCGAAGAGGCCAGCUAUUCUGCCUCACCCUGGGUCUAAGCAGAGCCCUGGACAGCGAGGAGGCCCUCAUCUUCACUGUGGAGACAGGACCCCAAGCGUCUGAGGCUCUCCACACCAAAGCCAUAUUCCAGACUGCAGAGAUAGAAAUGGGUGACACCUGGACAGCUGCAAAAGAGGAACAGACGGAGAAUACUGUCACCGUCACCCUCGCGAGCCCUUCCAAUGCAGUCAUUGGCCGAUACACGCUGAGUGCCAGAGCCUCUUCCCGCCGGAAACACAGUGACCGCAAGCUGGGCCAGUUUAUUCUCCUGUUCAAUCCCUGGUGUCCAGAGGACCACGUGUUUCUGGACUCAGAGGAGGAGAGGCAGGAGUACGUGCUUAACGACAGUGGCAUCAUCUUCCGAGGCGUGGAGAAGCACAUCCGGGCCCAGGGCUGGAACUACGGGCAGUUUGAAGAGGACAUCCUGAACAUCUGCCUCUCCAUCCUGGACCGAAGUCCUAGCCACCAGGAUGACCCGGCCACCGAUGUUUCCCGCCGCCAUGACCCAGUCUAUGUCACCAGGAUCAUCAGUGCUAUGGUGAACAGCAACAAUGACCGAGGUGUGGUACAAGGCCAGUGGCAGGGCAAAUAUGGCGGUGGCACCAGCCCACUGAACUGGCGUGGCAGUGUGGCCAUCCUGCAGAAGUGGUUCAAGAGCAGAUACAAGCCAGUCAAAUACGGCCAGUGCUGGGUCUUUGCUGGAGUCAUGUGCACAGUCCUCAGGUGCCUGGGGAUCGCCACCAGGGUGGUGUCCAACUUCAACUCAGCCCAUGACACUGAUGGCAAUCUGAGUGUGGACAAAUAUGUGGACACCUUUGGCCGGACCUUGGAGGACCUGACAGAAGACAGUAUGUGGAAUUUCCAUGUCUGGAAUGAAAGCUGGUUUGCACGACAGGACCUGGGCCCAUCCUAUGAUGGCUGGCAGGUUUUGGAUGCCACACCCCAAGAGGAGAGUGAAGGCAUGUUCCAGUGCGGCCCUGCCUCAGUCACCGCCAUCCGCGAGGGUGAUGUCCACCUAGCCCACGAUGGCCCCUUCGUCUUUGCUGAGGUCAAUGCAGACUACAUCACGUGGCUAUGGCAUGAGGACCAGAGGCGGGAGCGCGUGUACUCAGACACGAAGAAGAUUGGCAGGUGCAUCAGUACCAAGGCAGUGGGCAGUGACUCUCGUGUGGACAUCACGGGCCUCUACAAGUAUCCAGAAGGGUCCCGGAAGGAGAGGCAGGUGUACAGCAAAGCUAUAAAGAAACUGCUCAGCAUCGAACCCUGGGGGAGGAGGAGGCGGAUCCGCAGGGCCGGUGUGCGUGCUGUCUGGCGCGAUGACCUCCUGGAACCAGCCACCAAACCCAGUAUCACUGGCAAGUUCAAAGUGCUGGAACCACCAGUGCUUGGCCAGGAUCUGAAGCUAGCUCUGUGCUUGACCAGCCUCACCACCAGGGCACAGCGGGUCCGAGUCAAUCUGAGUGGCGCCACCAUCCUCUAUACCCGCAAGCCAGUGGCAGAGAUCCUGCGUGAAUCUCAUACAGUGAAGCUGGGGCCACAAGAAGAGAAGAAGAUCCCAGUCACAAUAUCUUACUCUCAGUACAAAGAAGAUCUGACGGAGGACAAGAAGAUCCUGUUGGCUGCCAUGUGUCUUGUCAUUAAAGGGGAGAAGCUCCUGGUGGAGAAGGACAUUACUCUGGAGGACUUCAUCACCAUCAAGGUGCUGGGCCCAGCGGUGGUAGGAGUGGCGGUCGCUGUGGAAGUGACGGUGAUCAACCCCCUCUCGGAGAGCGUAAAGGACUGUACGCUGAUGGUAGAGGGCAGUGGCCUUCUCCAAGGGCAGCUCAGUAUUGAGGUGCCCAGCUUGCAGCCUCAAGAGAGGGCCUUGAUCCAGUUCAACAUCACCCCCUCCAAGAGUGGCCCAAGGCAGCUGCAGGUGGACCUUGUCAGCCCACAGUUCCCAGACAUCAAGGGCUUUGUGGUCAUCCACGUGGCUACAGCCAAGUGA